AGGCACGGACUUACAGUCACUUGAACCCGUUCGACCGGCCGGCGUUUCGCGUUUCACCACCGCUGGUUGUGACCACAGAGGGCCCAGUUAGCCCCGGCCGGUGUGCGCGCAUUGCCACGCGGCAUUUGCCCGCUCGUUCUGUGCCCUUCGUUCGGAGCGUCUCUCGGGAACGACCUCGUCGUCGUCGUUCGAGUGGUGCACAGAUAAGCGAGCGUCUUGAGCUCCUCGGAUAACCGGCGGCGUUCUCCGUCGGCGCCUUCGUGAACAGGUCUAAGAAUACGCAACGAUGGCAGAGAUUUUCCAGGUGCAGAGUCCGAACGUGCGCUACACAGAGGAGCACAUCGAGGCCGUGUACCAGUACCAGACGAGCCACGUGGCGCGUCACAACGGACGCCUCGUCGUUUCUCCGCAGACCAAGGAGUAUGAGUUCCGCACGCGCCGCCACGUGCCGCGUCUCGGCGUCAUGCUCGUGGGCUGGGGCGGCAACAACGGCUCCACCGUGACGGCUGCCACGAUCGCCAACCGCCUCGGCCUCUCGUGGAACACCAAGACCGGCGUCAAGCACGCCAACUACUUUGGGUCGGUGUUCCAGUCGUCGACCGUGUCGCUGGGCUCGGGACCACAAGGGGACGUCUUCAUUCCCUUCAGGGACCUCCUGCCCAUGGUCCAUCCCAACGACAUCGUGUUCGAUGGGUGGGACAUCUCAUCGCUGAACCUGGCUGAGUCGAUGCGACGCGCCGAGGUGCUGGACUGGGGCCUCCAGGAGCAGCUGCGGCCCCACAUGGAGAAGCUGCGGCCUCGCGCCUCCAUCUACGUGCCCGAGUUCAUCGCCGCCAACCAGGAGGACCGGGCCAACAACCUCAUCCCCGGCACCAAGGCCGAGCAGCUGGAGCAGCUCCGUCGAGACAUCCGCGACUUCAAGGCGUCGAGCGGCGUGGAGAAGGUGAUCGUCAUGUGGACGGCCAACACGGAGCGCUUCUGCGAGGUCGCCGCGGGACUCAACGACACGAGCGACAGCCUCAUGAAGUCCAUCGCGCGUGACGAGUCCGAGGUGUCGCCGUCGAGCCUGUUCGCCGUGGCCUCCAUCCUGGAGGGCUGCGCCUACAUCAACGGAUCGCCGCAGAACACGUUCGUGCCGGGCGUGCUGGAGCUCGCGACGCAGCACGGAGUCUUCGUCGGCGGAGACGACUUCAAGUCGGGGCAGACAAAGCUCAAGUCGGUGCUGGUCGACUUCCUCGUGAGCGCCGGCAUGAAGCCGGUAUCCAUCGUGAGCUACAACCACCUGGGCAACAACGACGGCAAGAACCUGUCGUCGCCCCAGCAGUUCCGCUCCAAGGAGAUCUCCAAGAGCAACGUGGUGGACGACAUGGUGGACUCCAACCGCCUCCUCUACCAGCCGGGGGAGCGGCCCGACCACUGCGUGGUGAUCAAGUACGUGCCGUACGUGGGUGACAGCAAGCGCGCGAUGGACGAAUACACGUCCGAGAUCAUGAUGGGCGGCCUCAACACCCUGGUCAUCCACAACACCUGCGAGGACUCGCUGCUCGCCAGCCCGCUGCUGCUCGACAUGCUCCUGCUGACGGAGCUGUGCGAGCGCGUGUCGCUGCGCGAGUCCAGCCGCGCGGGCGCCACCUUCGAGCCCUUCCACCCGGUGCUCUCGCUGCUCUCCUACUUCUGCAAGGCGCCGCUUGUGCCGCACGGCGCGCCCGUCGUCAACGCCCUCUUCCGCCAGCGCGCGUGCAUCGAGAACAUCUUCCGCGCCUGCGUAGGGCUACCCCCGCAGAACCACAUGCAGCUGGAGUACAAGCGGGCAGCCGAGCUGCCCAGCCCGGCCAGGGGCACCGGCCUCAAGGUCGGCAAACUUGCGAGCUCCUGGACGAGCAACGGGGUCGCGAGCAACGGGGUCGCCCACGCGAGCAACGGCGUCGCCCACGCGAGCAACGGCGUUGCCUGCAAUGGGGCCCAACUCCUCGUGGACGGAAUCGACAACGAGGAGAAAUAGUGGGAAGGCGGUGGCCACCAGGAGGGAGAUGCACACGCGAUCGUUUUUUCAUUUUAUUUUCAAACCGUGAAAGGAAACUUUCCCGCCGCGCUCGCGUUCACCCGGCAGGCGAGCGUGGAACCGGUGUGACGAUAUCACGUGAUCGGUACCGACUGGGACACAAAUGUAGAAACCGGUCUCUCCUCUCCUCCCCCACCAGCACCAGCCCCACCCGCCCCCAAAGUAGCUCUACGAUGUCUCAUGCAGCGGUAGUUUUCCAGCGCGCGCUCCGCGCCCGGAGCACUUCGAGCAGUGGGUGGAAAAAGGCGGCGCCGUCAGCAACGAUGACGACAACAUUCGUAUAAAAAUUGGAAGUGAACCUCGCCGCCUAAUCCCGCGUCCCCCCACACCGGGAUCUCGAUCGCGGUGGAUGGCGCUAGUGGCCCCUUUUGUUCUCGCUGAUCCCUCCGUUGCUCACGCGCCGCUGAACGUCCGUGUGGCUGCGCGCGAGCGAUCCUUCUCACCACCGGCGGAACAUCGGGCAGCGUCGUCCGUCCGGAGACGCAUCUCGCCUGGCUUUUGCGUGGACGGUUUUCAUCGUUAAUCCUCCGCACUUUGGUCGUUGGCCUUUUGAUUUUACCGAGCGAGAAACUCAAUGAGAAUUCAAUCCUCCUCUUCAAUUGGUGAUCCUUGUCAUCGAGUGACAACCGAUAGGAUAUGUAUACAAUACGAUACAUAAACGAUAUGAUACGUAUACGAUAUGAUACGUAAACAGAGCAUUGGCAAUGGGGCCACAGUGUUGACAACGGCUUUUCAGAGUCCGACACUCCUACCAUGGUAAACAUCUGAGCUCUGUAACACGCACGCUCCGCAAAUUAACCCAUCGGAGUAUCGCGGAAGCUAUCCGAUGGGCAAUGAAUGUGUCCCAUUCACCGAUCGGGUUUUCAACCAGUUCGUUUUUUAUUCAAGGUGCGUCUAGAGCAGAGGCAUUUUGUAAAUGUGGAGGUUCGGUUUCACUUUUCUUUCAUUGGCGUCCAGUCGGUGUGUGAUUGAGAUGAUGAUCGGGAGUUUGGUUUUGCGAAAAGAGCGAGGCGGAGGUUGUUACUCGGACACACUCACCGAUGGCUGUGUUUGCCGGCUCUUCUGGACUAGCAGGUGCCGAUGUGAACUACCUCGCCUGGUAAUACAGGAGGUCGUGGGUUCGAUGCUGACCCUGACGCCUGUAUAUUUGGAGUUUGUGUGUCUCUCUCCCCGUGGUCGCGUGGAUUUUUCUCCGGAUCCUCCGGUUUUUCCCUCCACAUUUAGAAUCAACGUCACGCGUUUAGAGACUUUGGCUGCUAUAAAUUUCCACGCGAUAAGCCACUUCGUUGAGCUGUUAUUUGCAGCCAGGUCACUUCUGAAAAAGAGUGGGGCCUUACCUGGUAAAAGAAAAAAUAGUUUAUAGUUUAGUUUUAAAGUAAUUUUUUACAAAUGGCCCACACUAUUGGCCUCACUAUAUUGAGCAGCGUUCGGCCGACUUUUUCAUAUUUAAUUUUUUUAAAUGCUAAAACUAAGGAACGAGUGCGUUUCCACCACGAAACGUGACCAAUAGUUGGUCACGAGGCUUUCGUAGCAACCAUUUAUGUGCGUAUAUUCGUACUCGUGCCCAUGAGUGUGGUGCCUUUUUUCAGCUUGCCCGCGUGUACGUUGUGGUGCAGGUGGAUAGCAAUGGGUUUGGUUUACAAGCUGGGUUGGGUGCGCACAAAGACAAAGAUCCCCCGUAUAGCUUUAACAGGACUGUUGGGGCAAGUGCUGUUGGCGAGUAGCACCCUCGAAGGCCGGCACAGCACAUGGAGGGGGGGGGGGCUGGCUAGCGCCAUGCCCGACCGCCUUUGUCUCCCCAGUGGCGAUGUUUACACACCGCACCGGGUACUCAUUUGAGGCCGAGUUGACCUAGGGAGGCCCGGGACCAGUUCAGAUAAUCCUUGACCGGUGUUGGCCGUGAGUGGGACACACCAAGGGGGGCGGGGGGUUGCUGCCCACGAUCGCACGCACGGUUUCAUUGACAUACUUGUGAUGUGGGAUCUAUGUAUUUAAUUAUUCACGAACGGCGACGGAUCUGCGACAGCGGCAAUUUUGUGUUUGACUGACGUGAAGCCCCCCGCCGCCCCCCCCCCACCGUGUGUCGACCGAACGUCGCAAUAAACACCGACGAGGUUUCCACGCCGGAGCACACCUCC